GUCCACAGACUUCUGCUGAAAUCUAACGUUUACAGAUCUGACAUCAUGCAGAUGACACUGGUCUUCCUACUGGGCCUAACCACCACUUUAGCAGCACCACAAGGAAAAAUAAAUGAAAGAUGGGUGAAUGAUUAUGAUCAGCUACUCUUUUUCAGCUGUGCGAGUAAUCAGAGCAUUCGUUCAAUCACAAGUAUACAUGACAAUAAGCGUGAGGAUCGAGUGUGGGAUUUUUUCUGUCAGAACACAUUUAGCAAUCCUGGAAGCUGUACCUGGUCUGGUUAUGCUAAUAAUUUUGAUGAAGAACUCUAUUUCAUAUGUCCCUUUGGCUCUGUCCUCAGGGGCAUGGAGAGCUCACAUGAUAACUCGAAGGAGGACAGAAGAUGGAAGUUUGAAUGCUGUACAGGAGAAGUACAAGUCACAAGUAACUGCCAGUGGAGUGGCUAUGUCAAUGAGUUUGAUGGGUACUUGAAAUGGGAUGCCUUACCCAACUUCUACCUGGUGGGUACAAGAAGCUACCAUGACAAUAGAAAAGAGGACAGACGAUGGCAAUACUAUUCAUGUCAAAAAAACUAAAAUUGCAAAGAAAUCAGCAGUCAUAGCCAGAACUAUAUUCCAUUCUGAUUGAAUAAAGGUUGUGUUCAAGAA